AUGAUGAGCAAUUACCCGGACGGCGAGGAAGACACAGUGGCGCUACUGGCUCAUGACAGCAGCGGCAGCAAGGAGCCGGAGCGAGUCAAGGAGGAGCUGAGCACGGACAAGGGCCCCGAGAAGCCGGACCCCUCGCAGAAGCCCCCCUACUCCUACGUGGCCCUAAUCGCCAUGGCCAUCCGGGAGAGCGCCGAGAAGAGGCUCACGCUGUCUGGGAUCUACCAGUACAUCAUCAGCAAGUUCCCUUUCUACGAGAAGAACAAGAAGGGCUGGCAGAACAGCAUCCGCCACAACCUCAGCCUCAACGAGUGCUUCAUCAAGGUGCCCCGGGAGGGCGGCGGCGAGCGCAAGGGCAACUACUGGACCCUGGACCCCGCCUGCGAGGACAUGUUCGAGAAAGGCAACUACCGCCGGAGACGAAGGAUGAAACGGCCUUUCCGGCCCCCUCCGACCCACUUCCAGCCUGGCAAGACCCUCUUCAGCCCAGACAGCUACGGCUACCUGUCCCCGCCCAAGUACUUGCAGUCCACCUUCAUGAACAACUCGUGGCCGCUGGCGCAGCCCCCCGCGCCCAUGCCCUACACCUCCUGCCAGAUGUCUGGCGGGAACGUCAGCCCCGUCAAUGUGAAAGGACUCUCGGGCCCGGCGUCCUACAGCCCCUACUCGCGGGUGCAGAGCAUGGCGCUGCCCAGCAUGGUGAACUCCUACAACGGCAUGGGCCACCACCACCACCACCACCCGCACGCCCACCACCCGCAGCAGCUCAGCCCGGCCAGCCCCGCGCCGCCGGCGGCCCCGGCGGCGAACGGAGCCGGCCUCCAGUUUGCCUGCGCCCGUCAGCCCACCGAGCUGUCCAUGAUGCACUGUUCCUACUGGGAGCACGACAGCAAACACAGCGCCCUACACUCCCGCAUAGACAUCUAGGGAGGCUCCGGCCGGCCGCCGUCACAGAAAUGCACCGGCCCCGCUGCCCCUCUCCCAUCCCGCCGCGUUCCCCUGUGCUCUCGUGUCUCUUCUCGUCCUUUAGCUGCAGACUUUCCUCUCUUUCUGCCCAAACUGUCGCGGUGGGUAAAUAGCAGCCUCGCCCUGGGUGUAGUGUCAGUGCAGGAGCCGUCCGGCCAUGAGAAGGCGGCAGUGUAAAUGUGGGGGCUUCCCCGCGGGGCUGCACCGGGCGUCGGCGGCCGGGCCGCCUGUCUCCGAGCGAGUGGGGAUUCACCGAGUGUUUCUCUGCUUGUGUGAGUGUGUAUGUGUGUGUGUGUGUGUGUUUGUUUGUGAGUUGUUAGUUUUGGUUUUGGUUGGGUUUUGGUUUGUUUGGGGUUUUUUUUGAGGGGGGAGGGGAGCAUGUAAUUAAAAAAUAAGCUGUUUAGCCCUCAAAAUUAUGCUCCUAUGCAAUUCGGCCGUAAUCUUUUCGGGCUCGGCCUUGGGGAGAGUAAAGUGGAGCUUGUAAAUAGCGGAGGCAUUUUCACGCGUGCGCAAGAGCACAC